GUUGUCUCCCCCAGCCGGGCUGCUCGCCGUCCCCCAUGUCAUUUCCGACGAAGACAGACGAACCGGAGCGGACGCUUUUCGUGGGGAAUUUGGAGGGUGGCGUGCGAGAGGAGAUCCUUUACGAGCUUUUCCUGCAGGGAGAACUACAAGUUUAAAGCAUUAGAGUGCUUGGUUUACUACUUCCUGUCCUGAAAAAUCUUCAUCUUCAGCAGGCAAACUCUGAGCAGCAGAAUGGAAAUCUGUUUCAGUUUCAUGAAGUGUCAAGAAAUAAAUGAAACAAGAAAAUCCUGCAGUGGAAGGAAGGAAUGAUGAUCUAUUUGCACUUUGUCAUCUCAGUCCACAAGCUUCUUCCUUGCUUUUCUGUCCAUUCUCCAUUGGCUCCUCUUACUGCUGAUUUGCAGUAUGGCUGAUGUGAACUACUAUUGUAACCACAAGCCUGUUGGAUCCGAUGAACAGGCUGGGCCAGUAACCAAAGUGACCAUAUGCAAAGACAAAGAUGGAAGACCCAAGACUUUUGGAUUUGUGUGCUUCAAACAUACUGAGUCCGUGCCUUAUGCCAUAGCUUUGCUGAAUGGUAUUCGUUUGUAUGGAAGACCAAUUAAAGUGCAGUACCGCUUUGGGAGUUCCCACUGUCCAGAGUUAAACAAUCAUUGCCAGAAUGUGGAAAGCAGUGCUGAUAUGCAGUCACCAACAUAUAGGAAUUCAGAGCUUUAUGGUUCUUCUCCAUUACAUGUUAGUACUUUCCAGAUUAACAAUAGUCCACUUCAGGGAUAUUCUUCUUUUCAAAAUAUGAUGACUUAUUUCUUAGCACAAUAUAAUCCAAUGGAACGACAGUUUCCUUACUACCAGAUGAUACCACCUCCACCACAGUUUCCAAGUUUUCCUGCAUCAUCCUACUCAAAUCCUGGACAAACUUCUUUUGAACAUGUGUACCCAGAACCAAAGAACCAUAUGCUAUGUCUGAUAAAUGAAGACUUGCCUAAUAUGAAGAGACAGCUUGAAAUUAGUGAUAGUGACAGUAGCAUGGAAAGUGAUAGGAAAAAAACAAAAAGAAAAUGAAUGUAUAAAAAUAUAAGUAUUAUAUAGUGGUAUUGACAAUAGUUUUCAGUUGUGCUGUUUUAGGAGUUCCUCUUUGUAUGCUGCAAAAUGGUAUUGUGAAGAAUAUGACAUGCUUAUUACAGUAACCACAGUCUGUAGCAGAUUUACAAUGGUGUGAAAGAAAGUAUUGUGAAAGUAGACUUUUUUCAAUUAAAUAGAGGGAGAUAACAUUUUGGAGUUUUAUUUACUGUAGGAAAAUGCUUCACCUACAGUUAAAGCACGUAUGUGGAGUCUUGGAAAGGAGCUGAAUAAAUGCAGCACUGUUCAUAAUUCUUAGCCUGGCUUGCAGUUUAACACUGCUGUGAAAGCUUUCCUUUUGCUUUGUUCUACCUAUUAAAUAUAUAGUUCAACCCUUCCUAGAUUGUUCCAUUUCAGAUUAUAGAUAGGACAUUGCAUGUUGGAUUGCACCUUCGCAUUAAAAAAACAACCACCCUGCAGAAUGCUUGUAUGGCAGAAAUCUUAAUGAUCUUAAUGGUCAUGUGCUAGUGGACGUACAGGAAGGGUUUUUUUAAUGUGUGUGUAUGUAGGGGGCAUUAAAUAUGUUAUCUUGCUGCAUCUAUUGAUACCAUCCCAGUUGCUGUAUUUCAAAUGGCUUUAAGGAUGCAGUUUGAUCCUAUAUAAUUUCGUUUGAAAUUUCCUCUGUAUUCAGUGGUGUGGUGUCUCAAGUAAGUAUGCCCAGGAUGUGAGCCUGCUUUUAAUACAUAAACUUGUAAUCAGCAGAACUUCAUUCUAAAUGAAUAUAUUUAGAAACAGAUACCAGGGUUAUAAUUUAUUCAUUUCUCCUAAAGGAGUUUAAAAUGUAUGUUGCAAGUUCCUCAUGCUCCUGGAACAAUGACAGGUCUUUAAAAAGAUAUGGUCAUAUUUUGAAGGCAUAAGUGUUUUAUGAAACAGUAUCUGAACUCAAGGGCUUACAGAUGCUAGUAUCUCUAGGAGAUUCUGAUUUGCAAGGUCUGUGUAGCCAUCCUGUUAUGUAUAUUUGUUCCCCAAAGGGAAUUUUUAAUACACAAAACAUGUUUUCAUACAGUGUCACUAUGUGAUGCGAUAAUAAUAAUAAAGCUUCUUGCCUGUGAUGAAAAUCUA